AGGACGGAGGACCGGAGAGGCGGGAACCCUGGGACUGUAGUGAUCCGGAGUCUAGGCGACGGGGCGAGACGGGGCCGGUAGGUGGUGGGAGGGGGCCCACCAGGCCCGGAGGCCCCCACCCUUACGUACCUGCCCCGGUCGCGGCUGAGGAGGAGGCAGAGGAGGAGGAUGAUCUCCAGAUACACUCGGAAGGCCGUGCCGCAGAACUUGGAGCUGAAAGGAGUAACAAAACAUGCUCUUAAUCAUCAUCCCCUUCCAGAGCAACUGGAUGAAAUUUCCUCUACUAAUGAUGGCCGUGAAAAAGAAACAAGUUCCCAAAGUGAGUCUGACUUCACUCAAGAAUCACCUUUAACAUCAGGCAACACUGAGAAUUCAGGAUCUGCUUUUCCAAGUUAUASUGGCACAGGGAUCUCUACAGAAGGCAGCUCAGACUUCUCCUGGGGAUAUGGUGAACUUGAUAAAAAUGCCACUGAAAAAGUCCAGGCCAUGUUCACAGCCAUUGAUGAGCUCUUAUAUGAGCAAAAGUCAAGUGUGCAUACCAAGAGUCUACAAGAAGAGUGCCAASAGUGGACAUCUAGCUUUCCUCACCUCAGAAUUCUGGGUAAACAGAUAAUUACUCCAAGUGAAGGUUAUGGAUUAUAUCCUAGAUCCCCACCUGCUAUUUCAGCUUCACAUGAAGCAGCCUUGUCUCAAGAAAGAGAUUCAGCAAUAUUUGGCAUAAGAGGAAAGAAGUUACAUUUUUCACCUUCUUAUGCUCAAAAAGUAUCUUCCAUUGCCAGAUCCCCUGGUUUGUGUGCUGUGGAAAGAGAAGAAGACUGUAUAAUCUUCUCAGAAGGAAUAAUUGAGGAAUACCUAGCUUUCGACCAUACAGAUAUGGAAGAGGGAUUUCAUGAAAGUAAAUCAGAAGCAGCUACAAAGRAACAGAAAUUAGGGUACCCUCCCAUUGCUCCAUUUUACUGCAUAAAAGAGGACAUUCUUGCUUAUGUGUUUGACAACGUGUGGAGCAAAAUUGUGAGCUGUUUGGAGCAAUUGACACGUAGUUACUGGGAGGGAUCUGCUUCUGAUGAUGAGAGUAAUGUUGCAGUCACCAGACCAGAUUCAGAAAGUCCCUAUGUGCUGAGUGAACCACAUACUUUGGUGUUACCUCCAGUGCCACAGUCCAAGGUGCUGUCUGUCACCUCAAAUCUGAUGAGUCUCUGUCAAGCAAGUGGUCAUCAGCCAAAUGCGAAUGGUCUCUUGAUUCAUGGGAUGCCUCUACAGCCAAGAAAUCUCCACCUAAUUGACAAGCUCCUAGAUCUUGAUGACAAGCUACUUAUGAGGCCUGGGUCCAGUACCAUCUUUUCAACCCGAAAUUGGCCAAACCGAGCCUUGGAGCUUAGWACAUCAUGUCUGUCAUAUAAAGUGCAGUCUGCCAGGAGACGUAAUCCCCCACCACGUACCCUUCAUCCAAUCAGCAGCCACUCAUGCACUGGAACACCAAGACCUGUGGAAGAAAUCCUCAGAGGAUCACAAGUCCCUUUGGCAGUUGACUCGCUCUCCUCUCCCUCACCAAUACCCCUGAAUCGAAAUAAUCUGCUGCCACCUAUUGGCACAAGUGAAGUGGAACACCUGAGCCCUGUGGGGCCACAAAGGCAAAUGAAACCCCAUGGUGAUUCCAGUCGAGCCCGAAGUGCAGUGGUGGAUGAGCCUAACCAKCAGCAGCCUCAAGAUAGGCUCCUUUUAUCUAACUUCUUCUCCAGGCCCAAUACAACUCAGUCAUUUAUGCCAGAAACACAGUAUCAUCGUUCACAUGCACUUGAGUAUCCUCAUCAAACCCGACCCAGUAGGGGAUCUGCAGGUUCUCAUUUGCAUGCCUCUACAAAAUCUCAAAGCAGAGGUGGACCAAUCUCUAAAACCAGGCAGGGACCAUAAGACAAAUGAGAAGAACCAAUCAGGCUGCAGCAAACAUGUGGGAAGACUUCAAGAAUCAGUGUUCGACCAUCAACUGAUGGAGAGCGUGUAUACAAGAUCAACUAGAAUCCAUCUUCAUGAAGAGUUAUUUUCGUAAAACUGACUGAGAAAAACAAUAGACUACCCACCAAAAGACUGACCAAUAGACUACCCACCAAAAGACUACACGGGUAAUGUUUCUAUCUCCAAUUAUUGUCUUUCAGUAUAAGUUAACCUAUUCCACUCGACAGUAAAGACUGUACCCCAAAGAUGUAAAAAUGAAUAAUUGCCCCCAAAUCACUGCUCAUGUUUUCUGUUAAAGAUGAUUAGUACAUUUAUAGGAUUCUAUGAGAUUAUAUAUACAACAAUAAGUAGCAAAUGAUUUGAUAUUAACAAUAUCACUGGCUUCAGAAUAUUUMAGCUUGUAUUAAUUUCUUGAGAGUUGUACUCAGUUUUGUCAUUUUUAGGAGAUAGUGCUACAAAAAAAUCUGAGCUACUCAUAAAAUAAACAUCAUUCCUAAAGCUUUCUCAUUAGAUUUCUAAUGAGAAUGAAAUGGAAGGGCUGAGUAAUUAAAGGCCUCAGCAUUGGUAUAAAGUAACCCAUAUAACCAAUUAUAUCAUGUAUUUUUUUAGAACAGCUCAACCUUGCUUGUGUGAUGUCAGCUUAUGCUAAUUUACUUCUUAAAGUAUUUUACUGGUUCUGUUUUUUCCCAAAUAUUUAACUUAUCUAGCAAGCUUUUCUCCUGAAGCUCUAGAAAAGUUAGCAUUAUUUUUWAAAUAAUUUAUAGAAACUAUUUUUGAGCCACCAAAGCACAAAUUCCUUAAGAAUCUAAGAAACUUGGACUAAAAAUUGACCCAAUAUAAACAUAUCCUAACAGCAGAAGAAAAGAACCUUGGCAUACUUCAGAUUUUACCAUGRAUGUUUUCCUGAGGGUACUCAUAAAUACAGUAGUGGUUUUAACUAUGGCUUAAAUGUAUUUAAAUUUCAUUGAACUUACCUUAAUUAUCAUUACCAAUGUUAGAUCUUAUUGUUAAUUUUCAGAGUGGAUAAAUUCAAAAUCAUAAUUUGAGGUGACUAAUUAUAUCAACGUAAUACUUUAUCACAUGAGGACAGACGCUUCAAACAACUUGCACUGAAUUACAUUUUUAAUACAAUUAAGAGUAUUUUUUAACUUGCUUGUAAUCACAAACUGAAAACUGUCAUGUGCUUACUUUUAGAUAAAUUAUUAUACAUAAUGUUCAAUAGCAAUAGGUUUGUUUUAUGCAUAUGGUAUAUUGAAUAUGAGUCUACAAAUCAGAUUUUAAAUUGAACAGUCCUUUUUAAAAAUCCAUCUAUUCUAAUGAAUACAUACCACCAACUCAUAGAAAUAUAAGUGAAAAUUUGUACUGUUUUCACAAAUCAGUCCACUGACUGCCCUGUAACAAAUCACUGGAUCCAUAUAUGGCUUGCCUUUCAAAGUUAAGAGUCAGAAGGUUAUUUAGCCCAAUUCCCUCAUUCUUGUGUGUUUGUGUCUUCAAACCAGUGCAAUUUUCUUUUACUUUAAUAUAUAGAAUCUGACAACUUUAGAUCUUAUUUUGUACAGAAGAGGGAGCUAAGGACACCAAGCAGCAAUCAGACAGGACUAUAACAUAUCUCUUUAUGCUAGAGAAACCAGGCUUUCUAUUGUCAUGCUAACUAGGAUUAUUUUUUUGGCCUCUUCUUUAUCCAAAACACCAUAUUUUAUCUAUAUCACAUUUAAAUGAUAUAGGGGAUCAUUUAAAACGCCCCUAAUUUUUUACUUAUUUAAUCAUAUAUAAAAUCCCAAAAUGUUUGAAGUAAUCCGAGUACUUGCUUCUUCUAUACCUCAGGAAUAGGAGUACAAAACCUGCCUCAGGGAGGGGAAAAAAAUAGGAGAGGGUCUUAAUAUUGAAGAUCAUUAAGACCAAAAGCAAACUGGCCAAUUAUUUGGAAGACAGCUGCUCAGCAAGUAAGUGUUCUUUCUAACUAGGUCUAAAAGACAGGCACACACUGAAAGUACUACAUAAAGAUCCACAUUCUUCCCCCGCCUCUCCAGUGCUGGGGAUUAACCCAGCGACGCAAGUGUUAUACCACUGACCUAUAUCCUUAGCCUUAGACCCACAUUCUAGAUAUGGAUGAAGAGCCAUAGAAGUGCUAUCAGAAGUAUACCACCCUCCCAACUUCACUAUCACAUUCCUUCACAUGAGGAUAUCACAGUGUCAGGUAAUUUCUAGGUUACACUAAAAA